CUCGUGCUUUAAGGAUAGCCAUGGUAGGUAAGAUAACUCUUAAAACUUGUCAUAUGAAGAAUUGAAGUUUACGGGGAAUUUGGAGUUGCCAUGUUUUUUUUCCAUAAGCCCUCAUCUAUCACUUGAGCUAUACUCUUAGCCCCAUUUGAUAAAGCCAAGGUGAUGCCCAUAUGGUAUCCUCUUUUGACUGAGUAUUCGCCAUUAGGAGUAAAAUGUCAAACUCUCCUAUCUGGUUGGUCAUGUCUAGCAAUAGGAAGAGAGCAAAUUAGUGAUACGGGAGAGAAAAGUUCAUUGAUCAAAUGUUCCCGUUCUUCUUUUUGAUGGAACCUUUGAUUUGAGGCGGGUCCAGAUCGAUUGGGUUGGUGUAAUAGUGCACUGAAAUAUUUGCACAAUAAUGCCUUAGCUUCUGUCUCUCUCCCUUGAGAAAAUAAGAAAGAAAUGGGACGAAAACAAGAAGGCCCCUCACCUACACCCAACGCUCCUCUUCCCAUUCCGCCAAGACCCCUUUGCUCAGAAAAGAAAACCCUUCCCUUGUCAUCCAUCUCAUCGACCCUCUCCUUUCCUCUCUUUCUCUCGCCAUUAUUUCUCUAGUCUUGUCUUUUUCCUUCGCCCGGCCAACAACUGAGAGAAUUAGUGAGAUGAAAAUGGUGGAGGCAGAAGCUCCAAAAUCAGCUCAAAAGAUUGAAACUUUUGUGGAUGUGAACCAAUCCCACGUGGAUACUUGUAUAACUAUUACCUGCCAGUUAACAUGCAUCCAUCUCAUCUUUCUUCUUUGUCCAGUGUCCACUAUACUGUUAUGCAUAAAAUCUUCUGCCAAGGUCAUUCAUCUCAUCUCAGUUAAAAUACAGACUCUGUAAUUCCAUUCCAUCAAAAUUAAUUUCCCGUUUUGAUGGGUACCCAUCAAAGGCCUCAUUUGGGUAUUGCACUGCGAUGAGGAUUUCCUAUAUUUGCAUGGCUGAGAAUUGGAGCUGCUUAUUUGUCUCUUUUUUUUUAAAAUAUUUUUACCUUUGCAGUUGGGAAGGAGGGCUGUUCUCCUGAAACCAUAAUUGAGUGGUUUGAAUAAACGGAGAGAAGGCGGGGGGACACCAGAUGUGUACAAAGAAGUACUGGGAGAUGGAUGUUUCACUGCAACUACACAAAACCCACCUGGAGGAUUAAUUGCAGCUAAGGUGUUUGAUAAUUUGACUGACUCAGGGGAGCAGCAUUUUUCUUUCGACUGUCAUUAUUUGAGAAAAAAACCCAGAUCGAGAUAUGGUUAUUACUAUAAAGUACUUGCUUUUUCUCUCGCGGGAAUGGCGGAGCUGCAGGAAGUUGCGCCAACCACAACAACUGUUCCUUUCAAUAUAACAUGUCGAGAAAGAAGGAGCUUCUUUCUGCUACAAUGAAGAGGACCAGCGACUGGAUUUUCUCCCAGGAAAUUUCCAGCGAUGUUACAGUUUAUGCUGGUGGAGCUCCUUUCUCAUUGCAUAAGUUUCCAUUGGUGUCAAAGUCAGGCUACAUAAGAAAGCUAGUGUCUGAAGCUAGUGAUGCUGAUCUCUCGGAGAUUCAAAUCCCAGAAAUCCCCGGCGGGCGAGAUGCAUUUGAGCUCGCAGCAAAGUUCUGUUACGGAAUCAACUUCGAGAUAGGCACAGAGAACAUUGCAGUCCUAAGAUGCGUGGCUGAGUAUCUGGAGAUGACCGAGGACUACUCAGUUGGAAACUUGGUGUCGAGAGCUGAAGCCUAUCUAAAUGAGGUAGCCCUCAAGAGCCUCGCUGGGGCAGUUUCUGUCUUGCAUCAUUUGGAAAGCCUCGGCCAUAUCGCAGAGAAAGUGAAGCUGGUGAGCCGAUGCAUAGAUGCCAUAGCACUCAUAACCUGCAAUGAAACCCAAUUCUCAAUCUCAGCCAGGUCUGAUGGUGGAACUACAAUGGAGGCCCAACCAAAGCCCAUAGUUGAUUGGUGGGCUGAAGAUUUGACUGUUCUCAGGAUCGAUCUAUUUCAGAGAGUUCUGAUUGCAAUGGUGUCAAGAGGGUUCAAGCAGUAUGCCCUUGGCCCUGUACUCAUGCUCUAUGCUCAGAAGUCCCUCCGAGGUUUGGAGACAUUUGGCAAGCCUAGGAAAAAGAUUGACCCACAACAAGAGCAUGAUAAAAGGGUUGUUGUAGAAACAAUAGUUAGCCUUCUGCCAAGGGAGAGAAAUGCAAUGUCUGUAAGCUUCCUAUCUAUGCUGCUUCGAGCUGCAAUCUACCUCGAAACUACUGUUGCCUGCAGGCUUGAUUUGGAGAAGAGGAUGGCUUCACAGUUAGGACAAGCUGUAAUAGACGAUCUGUUAAUUCCUGCAUAUUCAUUGACAGGGGACACAAUAUUCGAUGUGGAUACGGUGAAGCGUAUCAUGAUGAACUACACUGAAAGUGAAGUGGAAGCUGCUGGGAACAUUAGAUUGGGUGGGUACAAUGCCAGUGACGACGAUUAUGUCUCUCUUCGGCUGGGUGAUAUGGAGAGGGUUGGGAAGCUUAUGGAGAACUACUUGGUUGAAAUAGCCUCGGACCGGAAUUUGGGUAUGUCUAAGUUCAUUUCUGUUGCUGAACUCGUUCCCGAACAGUCGAGGGCUGUGGAGGAUGGAAUGUACCGAGCCAUCGACAUAUUCCUUAAGGCUCAUCCAGAGUUAAGCGACAUGGAGAAGAAGAAAGUGUGCAGCGUAAUGGACUGCCAGAAACUAUCUCGUGAGGCCUGCGCUCAUGCCGCUCAAAACGACAGGCUCCCCGUCCAAACCGUGGUUCAAGUCCUCUUCCACGAGCAACAACGCCUCCGAGACGCCAUGAACAACAACACUACCACUGGUGGUACUGUCGUCGACCAACAUCCCACUCCCAAUGUCCCACUCUACUCCACCGACAUCCAUCCUGUUGUCGUCCCUCAUCGUCACAACGAUGACCUCUCCGCACUGAAGCGAGAGAACCAAGACCUGAAAAUCGAGCUGGUAAAGAUGAAGAUGAAGCUCAACGAAAUCGAGAGAUCGUCCAGUACUGGUACCAAAUCAGCAGCUGGGAGUCCAAUGGCGAGCAGCAGAUCGUCACAUUCUGCCGAUAAGCCUCCUCUGCCGCCUUCUAAGAAGUCGUUCAUCAACGUGGUGUCGAAGAAGCUAGGAAGGAUAAAUCCUUUCGUGCGCCUUGAUGGUGUCUCGCCGUCUAAAGGUCGCACGAGGUCGCCUAAAGAUCGGCGCCAUUCUAUAUCUUGACACCACAGCAAGAAUUCUCAUGCAUCAUUCAUGAUCUUGUGUUUAUUUAGUAUUGCAUUAUCUAAAUAUUUCUGUGAUGGAUUAAUGUCUUUUUAUGAAGUGGCGUUAUAUUAAACACAAGGAAGCAAUCCACAAUGUUGGCAUUAAAAUUACAACAAAACG